AUGACCCGGCUCCUCGUAGUUGUCGAGUAUGCGCAGUAUGGUGACUUGCUUGGGUAUCUCAGGAAGAGCCGAGGAGUUCGAGAUAACUACUACAGUGAUCCCUCGUUCGAACCUCGCACCGACCUUACCUCUAAGCAGCUCCUACGGUUCGCAUGGCAGAUCAGUGAUGGAAUGGACUACUUGUCCAAGAAAAAGGUUGCAAUUUCACCUUAUGUUGUACUUCGAAUCUCGUUUACUGGGAUCAUUCAUCGUGACUUGGCCGCGAGAAAUGUAUUGGUUGGUGACAAAGACGUUUGCAAAAUCACAGAUUUUGGAAUGGCCAGAGAUGUCUGGAAAGAGGACAUAUAUGUCCGAACCCAUGAGGGCCGUCUUCCAAUUAAAUGGACGGCACCCGAGGCUCUAUUUGGAAGUGGUGCAUACACGACACAGAGUGAUGUGUGGAGCUUUGGUGUGGUCAUGUACGAGAUCUUCACUGUCGGUGGAGGCCCGUUUCCUGGGGUGUAUAUGAGAGAUAUCCCCACCUUGUUGAAGGACGGGUACAGGAUGGCUCGCCCAAAGUUUGUCAGUGAAAAACUGUACAGCAUCAUGAUGGAAUGCUGGAGGAAUGAACCCUUAGAAAGGCCAGACUUUGUGUGUCUUCGGUCACGAAUACACAGCAUGGUCAGGGACGAAGAACAGGAUUAUGUUAACUUGAAAGGGCUGUUGUAUGAAAAUGUGUUACCAACCAAUUUAAGUCAAGAUUUUUCAGUUUAA